AUAUCUUGACACAUAAACUAAGUUUUCUAUAUCUGCUAAUAAAAGAUGAAGGAUCUCUUCGAAGCUACAAAAUUCAUCCAAUUGUUGCCACUUGUUCCUGGCAAAGUGGCAAGCAUCAUAACACGCUACUAUAAAUCCCCGUCUCACUAACUAGUCAACAGCAUAUAUCAGUCCUCAAAAGAUAAUGGCACCAAAAAAUUUCUCCCUCUUCUUAACAACGCUAUUAAUAGCUUUAUCCAUUAUCAAUGUUAGUUCCCAAGCAUUAUUUCCUGCCAUCCUCAUAUUUGGUGAUUCAGCAGUCGAUACUGGCAACAACAAUUUCAUCACCUCUAUCGCAUCACCAAAUAGAGCUGAUCAUCGUCCUUAUGGUCGAGAUUAUCCUAAUCAUAAGCCAACAGGUCGAUUCUCGAAUGGGAAACUCAUCCCAGAUUUCUUGGCUGGCACACUUGGGUUAAAGGAGACCGUACCUUCGUUCUUGGAUCCAGGACUUUCGGAUAAGGACCUGAUCACGGGUGUCAGUUUUGGGUCUGCAGGGUCUGGGUUUGAUGAUCUAACAAGUUUGGCAACUAGGGGAAUCUCAAUGUCAAAGCAGGUUGAGUACUUAAAGAAAUACAUAGAGAGACUUGAAAAGAUAGUCGGGGAAAAGAAGGCUAAAAAGAUAAUCAAAAAGGCUUUAGUGGUUAUCAAUUCUGGGACUAAUGACUUUGUGAUCAAUUACUAUGACCUGCUUACAAGAAGGCUGCAGUACAAUGUAACUGGAUACCAAGAUUUUGUUCUCAAAAGACUUCAGAGCUCUGUUGAGGAGAUGUAUGAGCUUGGAUGCCGUACAAUGAUAGUGUCUGGGCUACCUCCAAUCGGUUGUCUUCCAAUUCAAAUGACUGCAAGAUUCAAAAUGCCAAAUAAAAGGAAGUGUUUGGAGGACCAGAAUUCAGAUGCCAUGUCAUAUAACCAAAAGCUUAUGAAACUCAUAUCUCGUGCACAAGCAUCACUUCCAGGGAGUCGAAUAUUAUAUGCAGACGUGUACACACCAUUUAUCGACCUGAUUACUAACUCGGAAAAAUACGGAUUCAAAGUGACAAAUAGAGGGUGUUGCGGAACAGGUUAUAUUGAGACAGGAAGCCUGUGUAAUAUGCUAACACCAACAUGUAAGAAUGCUUCAGAAUUUAUGUUUUGGGACAGUGCUCAUCCCACAGAAGCAGCCUACCAGUAUGUUCAUGAUUAUUUGAUCGAAGAACUUGGCCCUCAGUCAAUUGAUGACCCUGAGUUUUCUAUUUCCAAAUGAUAUUCAGACUUUUAUAGGUCAUGUAAUACCUGUACAAUAUGUUUCGCCUUUCAAACAUGUCAGCAACCUGACAUUAGUACCUAACUAUUGAAGAACCCUCUCAGAUUCUAUAAACAGGAAUGCAGGUAUAAUGAAAUAUGUCAGAUUUCUUCA